UCCUCGCCCAUCGGCUCCCGAGGCUCCACCUGCGGCCCGGUGGCCGCCACCGCCAUCUCUAAAAGGCCCUGAAGGUUCCGGGGCGGUUCCCGGGGGUCCCCCCCGGCUCCGACCCCCGCCAUGACACCCCGCCGGGCCUCCCGCUGCUGCCUCAGCCAAUGGGAGACGGGCGAUAUUACUGACAGCGCAAACAGCCAAUGGGGAGAGAAAGACGGGAAAAAGGCGGUACUACGGGAAGGGCGGAAGCGGAGCCGUGGAGCCGGACCAAUCGGGUGUGGCACAGCUGUUCUCGGCCAAUAGGAGUCGCCGGCACCUCAUCGAGGGGGCGGGCUAUCAGUUUAAGAUUGACAGCAUCACCAACAAAUGGUCGCGGCGGGCGGUAGGGAUCUUCGCCAAUGAGGAGAGAGGGCGGGAGGAUGCACGUGGCGUGCGGCCAAUGAGGAGAGACGGCGGGCGGACGCGUGUGGCCGCGCGAGCAGCGGGAGGACCGGGGGAGGUUCGGCCCCGCCCGGCCCGGUACCGGGAUCAGGAUCCAACCCUGGAUCCAGGUUCAUUACAGAAGGAUGCCCCGGACGGAGCCGCCAUGGGGUCCCGGCGGCUGACGGCGAAGGAGCUUUGCGAGAUCGACGACCUGGCGACCAGCCUCGUGCUGGACUCGGUGCUGGGAUUCCGGACACACAAGAUGGGCGUCAGCCCCCUCCCGGCCCUGCGGAGGAAGCAUCUCCUGCGGGCGGCGGUCGAAGGUUUCCGGCGGCGCCGGGACCUGGAGGCGGCGUGGCGGGCGCUGAGCGGGGCCUGGGCCGCGGCCUUCUUCCAACGGCGCCGCCCGCUGCAACGGGCCGCGCUCAAGAGUCACGUUUUCCACUACCUUCGCAUCUUCCUGCCCGAGAGCGGCUUCUCCAUCCAGCCCUGCAGCCGCUACUCGCAGGAGACCAACGGCGCCCGCGUGGUGUCCACCCGCACCUGGUACCUGCUGAGGCAGAAGAACGACACGCUGGAGCUGCUGGUGGGCUGCAUCGCGGAGCUGCGGGCGCACGACGAGGAGCUGCUGCGCUCGGGGGAAAACGACUUCAGCAUCAUGUACUCCACGCGGAAGCGCUGUGCUCAGCUCUGGUUGGGCCCCGCUGCCUUCAUCAACCACGACUGCCGGCCCAACUGCAAGUUUGUUCCUGCAGAGGGGAACGUGGCGCGGGUGCAGGUGCUGCGGGACAUCGCUCCGCAGGACGAGAUCACCUGCUUCUAUGGGGACAGCUUCUUUGGGGACAACAACGAGCGCUGCGAGUGCUGCACCUGCGAGAGGAAAGGUGAAGGCGCUUUCCGGAAGCUGGGUAGGGGGGCUCAGCCGCUGCCCCCCCCGACACCCCCUAAAUAUCUCCUGAGGGAGACAGACAGACGCCUGCGCCGGGCCAGGGGGCUGGGGGCAGCGCGGGCCCGGCCCCACCGACAGCGCCGCCGCCGCCUUCGUGGCACCAGACACCCCCCAGCCCCGCGCCCCCCCCAGCUGCGCGUUGCCAUCCACGACUGCAUCUCAUGUGGGGGGGGCUGCCUCCUGCAGGGCAAGGAACCCCUGGUCUGCGUGUGCCGCCUGCAGCCCCCAGAGCCCCCCCCACCCCAGCCCACCACCACGGCCACCCCCGCUGUGCUCCCCCCUCGGGAAGACCCCAAACUCUCCCUUUAUGCCCACGUGCGCCUGGGCCCUUUGGGGGGGAGCUGUGGGGGGGGCACAGCCUUGAUGUCCCCCCAGAAGCACCCGGGGGCUUUUGGGGCCACAGGGCGGCUGCGCCUCGUGGUCACCCACGGCUCCAUCGCCCUCGACGUGGCCCCCAAUGUCCCCCCUUCAGUUUAACUGGGUGGGAGGAAAAUGGGGCGGGGGGGGGGCACCCAACACCUACCUCACCCUGGGGGCGGGGAUCCCUCAGUGC